AUGGAGGCUUCUUGGGGUUUAGCAACUCAGACCCUCGAGUCUCACCUCCUCGUAUACCACCUCAACACUCUCUUUCUAUAUCGCGACGCUAAUGUGGCCACCCAGCCAAUCUCCUUCCCAUUCCCCCUCUUCAGUACUUCUGUCUUCACAACUCACCGCAACUUCCUCCUUUGUAGACCGUCCCAAGACCGUUUUGCAGUCUUUCAGUUUGACCUCGAAGACUUCUCUCCACCAUCCUUAAUAGGCAUCUGGAACGUCUCACCAGCUCAUAAAAUUUCUGUCGCUUGUUGGGCAACUGAAGAUCCUGACGACUCAGACAAUACCACUCGAUACCAAGAUGACACCACCGCUAGCACUACUCUUUAUUUAACAACUCUUUUAGACGAACAUACAAAUCCCUCAGACCUUCCCCUACCAACACCUUACACUCGACCAUCCCCCUAUGCUCUUCUAGGAACUCGCGAUGGAACUAUCCUACGUCUUGACCUCAGCUCUCCAGGAAUCCUUACAACCCUCCCAAUAGUCCCUAUACAUUACCCGCUUCAGGCUUUGUCCCUUCCAUCAACCCCCUCCUCUUUCAUAAAGUUUAUUUCGUCGCCGCCUUCAUCUUCCACCGCCUCCACCUAUCCAACCUCCCCCCUGCAUACCGUCGGCUCAAGACUCAGCUCUAGUGAAUCUUCGUCCUCGUCUUCGUCUUCGUCCUCUUCUUCUUCAUCCGCUGCUUUCACUCCAAAUGACUGCUCAUCGCCAUCUUCAGCAUCCUCCUUUUCCUUCCUGACCGACCCGCCAGGUCCUAAAACUCCAACCGAUUUAGUCAACGCACUGUCUUACCACCAGGGAACCGUUUCCAGCAUUGCAGCAGCCCCAUGUGGUCUCGGCAUUUACGCCAUUGGUUAUGCAACUGGCCAUAUCUCUAUCGUCCAGCUAGUCUCACAUUCUCCUUCCUCUCCCGGCGCUCCUACUCAGGUUCUGCGUCCCAUCCACCAAAUCCAGGCCCCAUCCGGAUCCCCUCGCACAAUUGUGGGUCUGGCCUGGCACUACUCUUCUAAAGAUAUGCGGGCUCAAAACCUUGCCGUUUUAAAAGACGGUACCGACAAAUUGGCCAUCUGGACCGUUGACAUGAGUACAGCCUCCGGCGCGUGCAAAAAAAUUCGUGAGGUACCUCUCCCUGCUCGUCAUUCCACUUCCGCUUCAUGUGCUGGAUUUGUUCAGUGGAGCAAAAGUGGUAAAGUCGUAAGAUUAUCGAGUGGAGGACUGCUGCUAUCAGACGUCCGCACUAAAAAAGUCACAACCCGUUCUAUCGCUGUUCCAGGGCUCCCAGUCAUAGCCAUUGCUGUGCGAAGCAGCCGUGGUCGUGCAUGGGUCGUCAACAGCUCUGGUCAAAUCAUGACUUACAAUUUACUCGACGGAGGCGCACUUCUUGAAAAACAUAAGCUACCAUUCUCCCUUAGUCCCGUUGAUGCAGAAUCUCCAGCAAUUCUCGACUCUCCUGUCAUUUUCUUGCAAAAUCUACGCGUAGGCGAAAUCACACAGGUUACAAUAACCAAAAGUCCGCACAACCGUGGAACUUGUUCAAUGGAGCAACAACAGUCGAAUGCCGCAAAACCUUCUCCCGUAAUUUCAUUAUCCUCAUCAAAAUUGGAAACCAAUUCACCUAAUUCUAAAACUCAUCCCAUCCAACUCUGCAUGCCACCAGUCAAAAUAACCUUAAACUCUCUCUUCCCCACAAUCCUUAAGGGUCUCGCCAAAAUGCCUGCUCAAACUGUCCCGGAGUUCAACCCAGCUCAGCUCUCUGUUGAGCAAUAUGUUCUUUGCGCCCUUUUUGGAGGCAUCCUGGGAUCCACUGUAUGCUUGGCUGGUACUCGCGAGGUUCUUCAAGCCACCCAAAAUGUUGUUCCACCACCUUCACCAUUCCGCAAAGCUAUUCUCGCAAUGCUUAUUCAACAUAACCCACCGACUCUUCAAGCCUUCAUGGACCUUUUGUCUUCGACAACUCAAACUAUUCCUCAACCACUCAUGGCAGCACUGCUCUAUGCCGGAGCCGAAACUUCCGAGUCAAUGGCUUCGGCUGCAUCAGCAAUCACAACCUCUCUCGGCUCCUUCGACCAACCUGAACACUUACAUCUCGCAGCUGCAUAUUUAUGCGCCCUUGGACGGCAUGCCCAUGCACGCACCCUCUACUCCAAAGCCGCAUACUAUGUAGAAGCGGUGUCAGUAUCUCUUCUCGCCGGACUUGACGUUGUUUCCGUUUUGCGUGAGUGGUACAGUGCACUGGCCAUCCCUGCAAAUUCCAAAGCCGCCUCUGCUCCACUCAUCAAGUACCUGUCCGAUAUUGCCUCCAGCAUUGAACGGGCACUUCCUCCUUCUCCUGUAGAAGUUUCAUCCUCGUCCAUGGCAGUCACUGCAACAACACCAGCAUUUGUUGCGCCAACCACUCGACAUCCGCGUGUUCCUGCCCCAAGCUCAGAUCGUACAGGGUUGCUAUUCCGCACUGACGUGGAUGACGACUUCGACGACACUCAAUACAGUGUGUCUUCAGUCACUUCUUCAGUGUCUUCUUCGGCCUCUUCUUCUUCCUUCUCGCUGUUUGUACCCCCUCUCACUCGUACUAUGCCUCUACCUUCACCCGCGCCGCCUGCGCCGGUCCGCACUCCUCCGCCGCAAGUAUUCAAUAACAAUUCUGGUGCACUCGGUUCCGAAUUCAGCACGCCAAACUAUAGUCAUCACAAUAAUAGCAUCCACCAUAAUAUCCACAGUCAUUUGGCUGCCUCAGCAAACUCGACUCCCCAAUCCCAGGAGUUUAGUUUCCGUGAAGGGACAGCAGUAGCAACGCCGAUUUUCGACCAAUCCACUAGCCCAGCCUCGGUUGUAUCAUUGUCACGCGCCAGCCAUUACCAUAAUCAUACCCACCAUCAUCAUCACAACCAUGGCAAUAAUCAACAGUACCAUGCGGCCCAACCUUACCAUUACCAUCAACACAGGCUACACAAUGUAUUUUCGGCGGCAGCUGCCAUGGCCGGAAGCCCGACUACAGCAUCCUCAGUAACAGCUAAAGAACAGGCCACAAAUGAUUAUGUGAUUACUUAUACACAGAACUCAAGCAACAACAAUAAUAAUAAUAAUAGCACAACUGCAUCCGAGGGGUUAUUACCACCUGUAAGUGCUGCAACGCUUGCCAACAAACGAGCUGGCAUGGCCAACAUUUCUCCUCCAGAUUCCAUUACAGGGGUUGGUCUAGGACUUGGAUCUUCAACAAAUGUUUCUUACAAUAAUAGUGUCACUGGCAGCUCGGGUAUUUCAAAUCAUAACCACACCCAUACAGUCCCAAUGGCUAUUGCAUCCCCGCCAUUGUCGAUUGCACCUUUGUCACCUUCUUCAACAUUACAGCAAGAAGUUCUGACUUCCCCUAGUCGCAAUCGCCAUCCUGCUUAUGCCCAGUCUUUUUGA